AUGGCUGGAGAACAUGGAAACAACGAUAAUUCUAGCGUUAACACCUUGCAAGCCGCCGUCGUAGAAAUUCGGCGUUUGCAGACCCAGAUCGCGGCUAUCGAAGCCGAAAGAACACAUGAGAAAGAAAAAGCGAAAAUGAUUUCAGAAGAGGAGGAAGGAGAGAACAUCAUGGAUGUACAGCCUUUGGCACAGCAUUUAUGGGAUACACAAAUCACGGAAGCGAUCAAAGUUCCUCACCUUCCUACCUUUGAUGGGAAAACUGACCCUCGAGAGCAUCUGAUGGCAAUUGGAACACAAACCGCCAUAAUCAAUGCUCCAGAACACCUGAAAUGUAAACUACUAGCCGGCACCUUCAAGGAUGUAGCCUUGCGUUGGUAUAUGAACCUUCCAAGAAAUUCAAUAGAAAGCUACGCGGAUUUUCACAAAAAAUUCGUGCACCAGUUCGCCGGAUCGAAACACGUGAAAGUCACGUCAACUAGCCUAUUCUCCAUUCGCCAAAACCAUGGCGAAUCGUUGCGUAGUUUUCUAGCCAGAUUCAGCGAGGCCACCAUCAAGGAGGUAAACAAGAGAGCGGAGUGUUACAUAAAGGGCGAAGAAAGCAACGCCGAGAAAAGGCAAAGAGACGCCAAGGAGAAGGAAUAUGUAGGCCGUGCUACUAGAGCCCCAGAACACCCGCGACCAAAAAUGGGAAGUCAUCAAGGAAACACAUGGCAAAGGCACCAUGGUAAGCCAUACCAUCAGCCACCAAGGAGAGAGUUCAGGAAUCACCCCGCCGAGGAAGAGUUUACGCCAUUAAACACUUCAAAAGUGUACGUGUUAAACGAAAUUCUGGCCAGUGGUUUGGCAAAUCUCCCCCCAAAAAGAGCCAACAAUAUCCCCAUGGGACUCAACGACAACGCCUGGUGCGCCUACCAUAGGUGCAGAGGUCAUUCUACGGAAAAGUGCUUCCGCCUAAGAGAUUUGAUUGAAGAACUGAUUAAAAGCGGACAUCUCCGAAGGUUCAUUGACGAUGCAGCGCAAGGCCGAGUCGUCGUGCCAAAAAUCCCCAGGCAAGAGUCACGCGAUACUCAGGGGCCAAGUAAAGAGCCUCCAAAGGAGAGGAUCUCUGUGAAUACAAUAGCGGGGGGGUUCUCAGGAGGAGGUGAGUCGAGCUCAGCAAGGAAAAGAUAUGUGCGUCGAGCCAUCUCAGAGAUAUAUCUCGUGAGACAACCCCAACCACUCGACGUUCCGGAUUUGGCAUUUACUGCAAGGGAUGGCCUAGAGGUAGCGCCCCAUGACGAUGACCCUCUGGUAAUACAAGUCCAAAUCCUGAACUGCGAUGUAAAGAGAGUACUAAUUGAUUCAGGAAGUUCAGCAGACAUCAUGUACUGGGAAGCUUUCAAGGCCAUGCAAUUAGCGGAGGAGCAAUUGCAGCCGUACGCAGGAGCUCUAGUGGGGUUUUCCGGAGAAUAG